ACACCGAAAUCGACUGGUCCACUUACAUGCAGCAGGUGGAGUGCUUCCUCGGCGGGACACUUGACUACGAGGCGAUCAAGGGAGACACUGGGCCGAUCGUCUACCCGGCCGGUCACCUGUACCUGUACACACUGUUGUACUACAUCACCGGUCGAGGGAGGAACAUUUAUCUCGGCCAGUGCAUCUUUGCGCUGCUCUACUUGCUCAUGAUGGGCCUCGUCUUUAGCCUCUACACGAGGCACUCUCAGGUUCCACCGUAUGUGCUCAUCUUCAUGGUCUUCACCUCGCACCGUGUGCACUCCCUCUUCAUGCUACGACUCUUCAAUGACCCAGUGGCGAUGCUUUUCCUCUACGGCUCACUGGUGGCUUUCACCCGGCGGAAGUGGGCCACCGGGUCGGUGCUCUUUUCCCUUGCAGUGUCCAUCAAGAUGAACAUUCUCCUCUUUGCGCCGGCACUCUUUCUCCUCCUCGUCGAGAGCCAUUCGGCGCGUCUGACUGGAGUACUCAAGAGUUUGUCCGUCUGUGCCGCCGUCCAACUUCUUCUCGGCCUGCCCUUUCUGGCCACCCAUCCGCUGGCCUAUCUGCGCAGUGCCUUCAACCUCGGUCGCGUCUUUCUGCACCAGUGGACAGUGAACUACCGCUUUCUGCCGGAGGCGCUCUUCACCAGCUCCACCUUUCACCUGUCCCUGCUGGCGGUGCACAUUACCGCGCUGGUGCUCUUCUUCUGGCCGAGAUGGAUCUCCGCCUUUAGAAGACUACUGCUGAGUUGUACCGGAAGGGAAGCCGCAGCGCGUCCGAGCGUCACGCCGAGUAGUCAAAACAUCCUGCUGACGAUGUUUACGGCCAAUCUGAUCGGCGUCGCCUUCAGUCGGUCGCUGCACUACCAGUUCUACGUCUGGUACUACCACUCGCUGCCCGCCCUCCUCUGGGCGACGCGUUUCAGUCCGCUGGUCAACAUUUGCAUAUGGGGCCUCGUGGAGCUCUGCUGGAACGUCUACCCGAGCACAGCGUGGAGCAGCGCCCUUCUCCACGCCAUGCAUCUGUUGCUGCUGCUGGGCCUGUUUGCCAAUCGCUCCGCUAAUGGACUGGCCGCAGUGGAGGCAGCAGCAGAG